AUGAAAAUUCUUAAUCUUUUCACAAAGCUGAAUCAUGGUACUGGUUUCUUGUUCCCCAGAUGUAUAGUUUGAUUUUGUGUUCAGGUGUAUGCUGAGACAUUUGGCCCAGUAAAAGAUGCUAUGAUAGUCAUGAUCAAUCGGGAACGUGAGGGUGAGCAGAUCGAUCAGGCCUUGGUGAAAAGUAUUUUGGCCAUCAAUGCAGAGAAUGGAGUAGGUUCAUUAAAACAGCAUAAGCAAAACCUUGAAGAAGCAAUCCUCAAGGACACUGCUGCAUUUUACUCUGAAAAGGCUUCAUAUUGGAUGCAAAAGAAAUCGUACAAUGAAUAUAUGCUUGUGGUUAGCCAAUGCUUGACACAUGAGAAGGACACAGUUUCUACUUACCUGCAGGCGAAAAACCAAAAGAAGUUACUGGAGCAGGUUGUAGAACAAGAAUUGCUCAAUGCGCAUGCUAAUGAACUGGAAAGAAAGAAACAAGUUGAUGAAUUUCCCUUGGCAGAUCAUAAGCAAGUCAGCUAAGAAACUUACUUAUGCUGAUUUCUUUGGGGUUGAGGUGGAUUUAAAGAUCUGAAUGAUAUUUUAGAUCAUGUGUUGCAGACUUGCAGUGAAACUGUUCUGCCAUCUGCUCAGCUAUCUGUUUAUAGACACAUCUAGGUGAUAAUAGUACACUGUAUCAUUGUUUUCUUUACAGGAUUACAUAUGCUGGACUUUGCUUACUGCUGUUCUUCACUGGUGGCUGAAUUCUAUGUAGUAUCAUGUUUAUCCCUUAGUGUCUUGAUGUUGGAUGCUAACUGAAUUUCUGAUUCAAUCAUUAUUGUUCUUCAUGAGCUUUAUUCCCCAUAUGCAACUGUCAACGAAUCCAUGUGUGUUUGUUGGGUUGCUUGGUCCAUUUCUGAGAUGAUUUCUGUUGCAAUGCUGUUCAAAUUUUUUUUAAUUGAUUUGCUGCUGGGAACC